AUGCCUUCCACUAACAUAGAUGAAUGGUCACUAUCCAUGUUAACAGGUGGAGUACCGACCCAUUUCCCAUAUUCACAAACCACAGCAUCAAUAUUCUCCCCUGAUGGAAGAUACUUGAUCACUACAUUAACUCAUCAAAUUAGAGUUUAUUUCGUAUCUACUAGACAAUGUAUUAAAACGAUAGAUAUUGAUUUGAAUGAUUUGGUGGACCUCAAAUUGGAUGUAACUAACCCUAAUCAUGCUAUUCUUUUUAAAAGUUUUGGAGAAAUUGUCACUGUUAAUUAUAAAGAUAAAUUGAGUGAUGCCAUAAUUGGUAAAACUUCAAUACAACAACAAUUGGGUAAUUUGCUUCUAUUGUCAGUGGUAUGUGUUAAGCAUAAUAAGUAUAUUGUUAUUACAGGAAAGAGAGAUAAGAAGAAGGGGUUCAGUCCACAUACAAGAUAUAUAAAUUCAAUUGAUAGGACAUCGGAGCUGGUAUCGGUGAUUGGUGAUGUGCCAAAUGUACUAAUGUAUUCAAUAUCGUUAGAUGCUAGGAAAUUGGCAUUUGUCAUGAAUGAUCACAAGGUAUUAUUGUUGGAUUUGGCCACUUAUUACACUAACAGUGAAGACGAUCAGCAAGUAGCUACGUCAGUAUCAAAUUUGGAAUCAUUAAUUGUCAAGGAAGUGAUACCAUUCCAGUAUAGGUCACCGGUUACUGCAAUAGCAGUAUCGAAUGAUUCAUUGAUUGCAUUAGGAACAAACUCAGGAGUAAUUCAAGUGUUGUAUGGCGGUCUCGUAAACAAUGACAAGACGCAACAACGUGUUUUCAAAUGGCAUAUUGAUCAAGUUAAUGCAUUACAAUUUUCACACGAUAACAAUUACCUUCUUUCUGGAGGUGUUGAAAAAGUAUUGGUAUUCUGGCAAUUGGAAACAGAAAAGAAACAAUUUUUACCAAGAUUGAAUGGAGUUAUCGAUAAGAUAAACAUUGAUAAUUACAAGAAUGAUUAUGUUGAAUUAUUGUUGAAAACUGAUGUCAACAAUUAUGAAAUCUUGGUGUUAUCAUUAGUAGAUCUUGUGUCAAGAUUAUCAGUAAACACGAUAAGGCCAAAAUUUACAAACAAUGUGAAAACUACAUUGUCACGUACCAAAAAGAGACUCGCCAAAGAAGGUUUAGAUCAAUUUAAUAAACUCAAAUUAAGGUAUGAUUAUAGUUGUCAAUUUGAAAUUCACCCCAAAACCAAAAACUUGUAUUUCCCCAAUGAAUCAUCCAUUCAAUCAUUUGAUUUAGUCAAGAACGAACAAAGUUUUAUUCAACAUGCAGCACCAGUGUUAUCUACUGGUAAAGUACGUUCAGAAACUAAAUUACUCGAUCCACAAAUUUCCUUACUACAAUUUACUCAUGAUGGUGAUUGGAUGUGUACUUAUGAUGAGGUCACCAGUGCGGAAGUAGAUUGUACUUUAUCAACCAAUGAUAAACAAUUUGCAUUGAAAUUUUGGAAAUUUAUUGAAAAUAAAGAUAAGGAAAAGGAUAAAGAUAAAGAUCGUGAUAAUCGAAAUGGAUAUUGGGAAUUGACAACAAAGAUUAUUGAUCCCCAUGGGAAAUCAGCACCUGUAUUGUCAUUGAUUCCAGCACCAGGUUCAUAUUUCAAUGGAGUUGCGUUCCUAACUGCUGAUAAUAAAGGUGGUGUACGUGUAUGGAGACCAGCAUACCCCAAGGAGGCUUACAAGAUUGCUAACCCUGGAAACAAAUCACAACAAAUUGCUUGGACUUUGCGUAAACAGAAACCUUCUUCGAACACCACAUCAGAUGCAGUGGCAUUAGCUUGGUCGGAUGAUAGUUCCAUCAUUUUUCUAAGUCAUGAAUGUUCAAUCACUUGUUUUGAUAGUAGGACAUUUGAUCCAUUGGAGUUUCAACUUCCAAUAUUGACUGAAUCAAAGAUUAGAUCUAUUAGAUAUUUGAAUAAUUACCUCGUUGUUUUAUCCAAGACGAGAUUUUUCGUUUACGAUUUGAUAAAGGGACAAUUAACCAAUCUAGUUACGAAAGUAUCAACAACUAGUGGUGGAAAGAAUUUGACCACUGUUGACUCAACGAGAAAUCUCAUUUGCUUAGCCGUUAACUCAUAUGCUAAUUACGAAUCAGAUUUGGAGAAUUUACAAAUAAAUUCAAAAUUGUAUAUAUUCAAACCGGAUCAAUUGAAACCGGUAUCGGUACAUAAUCAUUCACUGGGUAUUGCUUCAGUCAAAUCAGAUGCUAACGGAUUCAUUUUUAUCGACUUGGAAACGCGUGUUGGCUCAUUGAAUUCAACAUUGUUGAGUGUGGAGAAUAACGAUGUCGCUGGAUUAACCAAUGAAAUUAAUCAAAUGUUAAUCACAGCACAAGCAAACGUUGAUUUGUUAAAUGAUGGAAAUGCCCCGGUGAAAUAUCAAUCUAAUGGACAUGCUGAUGAGAUCGAUGAUGACGAUGCAUCUAAAGUCAUUGACUUGCAUACAUUCCAACCCAUUUUCCAAAAUCUUGAUGGAAUUCAAAUAGAGACUAUAUUUGAUCGUAUAUCGAACAUUCUUAAGUAA